AAUGAAUUGAUAUGUUUUGGUUUAAAUUAGUCCAAAUCAGACUGAAGUAAAGGCAACUCUGUGUUCUGCUGUUUAGGGUGGCUAAUGUACAAAACCUAGUUGAAAAGGAGAUAAACCAAAGACAGACAGAGAUGUACAAGAAGAAAAUAGACGAACUGUUCAAAGAGAAAGACAUGCUGAAUAAGAAAUUGAUCAAGGCAGCAAAUGCCACAGAGAAGCAGCUAAACUUGGUGAUGCAGCAUAAGCAGUUGAAGAAGAAGCUGGAACUGGAUAUUCUGAAUCACCAACAUGAGGCACAGAAACAGCGCAACAUCAUUUUUCAUCUAAGUAUGGAGCGUGAUCACUACAUGAACAAAGCUAGCGAGCUCACACAGAAGGGCUUAUCACAUAUGGAGGAUCUCAAAGUGGGACAGAUAAAGAUCUUUGAAUAUAAGAAGAAGAUCGCUGAGGCAGAGACGAAGCUCAAUCGGCUGCAGAAUCAGUACGAGGCCAUCAGGGCCGAACGUGACAAAUUCAGCAAGAAUCUGCUUGAUGCUCAGCAUGACAUCACGGCUAUGAAGCGCAAGAUUAAAUCCAUGACCCAAGAGACUGUUCAGCUCACAGAGGAGUUCAAGAGCAAAGAGGCAGCACUGGUCAAAGAACAUCUCGAUUUUCUGCGAAUAGAGAAAGUAAAAGAGGCUCUUAAGGCUGAGCUUCAGAAGUUUAAGAAGCAGGCUCAAGAGACCAAGCAGGUUAUAAACAAACAGAGGACGGAAGAGCAAAAGCUGCUGAAAAUCAUAGCAGAUGCUGAUGCUGAGAAAGUGCAGCAGAAGAAAGAACUGGAUCAGGUAAUCACUGAGCGGGACAUUCUCAGGACUCAGCUGGUGUUGACAAAGCAUGACCUGUCAUUUUUUUAUGAGGAGGUCAAGAGACUGAAGUCCAUUGCGAACAACCGCGAUAUCCAGUACAACCAAAUAGUGGAGGAUAUCCGUCUGCUCACGCAUGAUAUCAAGAAGCUGCGAGGGGAGAAGACAGUCCUCAACCAAAUUGUAUUCAAUGUGGACGACCUCAGGAAUGAGGUGCGCCACAUUCAAAAGGAGCUGCUUAAGGAACGAGCAAGAUGUAAAAGCUUGCAAGAAGAGCUCGAAAAUUCCAUGCAUCAUUAUUUCUGGAGAGGACUGGAGGGGAGUGACCGAUGGAAAAUUGAGCUGAUCCAGAAGACUCAAUAUCUUACGCAGGGCCUGAUAGACAAAACCAAAAUGGUAGCGGAGAAAGAGUUUCUGCUCAAGGAGAAGGAGAAGGAGUAUAAUGAACUGAAGCAAAAAUUAGCUUGUAUGCCCGGUCAAAAGGCAGCUGAACAACUCAGGAAAAUUCAGCAUACACUGGAUCAAAAGAACAAACUGCUCAUGGAGAAGGAGAAGGAGUGUAUUGAACUGAAUCAAAAAUUAGCUUGUAAGUCCGGUCAAAAGGCAGCUGACAAACUCUGGAUAAUUCAGCAAACACUGAAGGACAUGAACAAACAGUUCAAGGUGUUUUCAGUUGAAGUCAACAUGUACAAGUCUCAGGCAAUGGAGUACAAGAAACAGAUUGAGCAACUGAACGAAGAGUUAAAGGACGUGAAGAAGAAGUACUUCGUGCUGAAACGCAAGGAUCAAAAGGAACAGGAAAGGAGUCUGGCGCAGGGUUGGCAACCGGCGACCGUACGUCGACGUGCUGAUGGACCCGGUUUGUAGGGGGAGGCUUCAACAUGAAGCCGGGCAAGAAACCUCCUACCUGAACUCCCUAAUAUAUAUAUAUAUAUAUAUAAUAUGUGUGUGUGUGUGUGUGUAUAAAUAUAAUCUCUCUCUCUCUCUCUCUCUCAUGCGUUAAUGGCUUUGGUUUAUUUCUUUGGUUUCAUUAGCAGGGUUGUUCUUAGUCACUGCUUUUUCAUUUUUUCAUUCACCCUUUUCACUUUUUUCCAAAAUGUGUAUUUUGCCUGCCUUCAUGCUUCAUUCCAUGUUUCAUAAAUAUCUUUAUCAAACAUAAUUAUAUAUUUCACUCAUUCGCCAGCUUUUGUGUUCUAUACACUGCAUAUAAAUGUAUGUUCAUUUGGCGCUAAGGAAUUUGUUUUAC